CUACUCAUACUCUGUUUCUGAAGAGAAUCAUUUGCUUUUGGAUCUUCACCAUCACAAAAAGGCUUGUAGAGCUUUGGCAUUUUCCAAAGACGGCUUGUGUAAGUUUUUAAUUUUGAUUGAAUAGAGAAACCAGCAUUUCCUUGACAUGUAAAUUUUUAAGGAACUGCAAUGUUCUUAUUUUAUUGUAUUUAGUACAAUGUUUUAAGAGUACAUGUGCUGGGAUAGUUCUAAAACAAAUAAACAACAACACCAACAAAAAAACAUACAGCUGUACACCUUUUACUGUAAACUCAAUGUAAGUUUCGUUACUUCAGUGUGCAUGUACAUGUACAUCAUGGGAUGAUACUCAAGGGUCAUUUAUUGCUAGCUCUUCUGUUUCAGAAUUGUACACACAUCAGCAUUACUUUGUAAAGCUUCACAAUGAAAUAAUUGCACAGGAAUUUAAGCCACAAUAUUUACAGUUUUUAGGACUUUGCAUGCUAUGAAUGAACAAUUAUCACAUCCUGUGUUAUAGGGGUGCAUUUGAUUGAGCAUAUUCUGGAGUAAGUUUACACAAAAGUUUUGUUGCAAACCUCUUGUUUUGUGAUUUUUGGGCCACUUAAGAGGCUGUCCGCGUAAGAACCGAUAAGGCAAAUUUCGGUCUAUCACGGAUUGCCCUGAUGUUUUCAGUUGAAGAUAACUAUCCUAUCCCAUGAAGAAAUAUCACAUUUAUUUGGACCAACUCAAUUUUUUCUCUAUAUUACAAGAAGAUUUUCUCGGUCACCUAAAACUGGCCAGUUUGCCGUCGGAAGUGGUGCGAUUUUGGUGAAACUUUACGGCUCUGUCAAACCUGCCUCACAAAGCCGAAUAAGCUGAUUAUUUUACACAUAAAAGCUUUAGCUCUGAUUAAUAGUUUCAAGGUUCAAUGGUUGCAUUCUGUGGAAAGUUGGCUGAGAUAUGAUUUUUUAAAAUGACCUUUAAUUUGCUUAUCGGGAAAAGUAAUUUGCAUAACUAGAGCUGAACGGUAAUUUCGAAAAAGUGGCACCUGACCCAGACUCAAGUCUAUGAUAAAACAGAAGUACUAAGACCAGUCUACUUCUUAAUGCAAUAAAAUUUGUGGGCACUCCUCUUUGCGUGCUGUACAAAGUUCCGUUAAUGUUCCAACAUUCGCCAUUUUGACAGCAAAGCUGGAAUUGUAACGGUCUGCAUCUGGUCGACUAAUUUUCACAGCUUUAACGUUUCUAGUUAUCACUAACUGUCAUUAGACCCUUUAAAUGUUGGACUUUCGAAAACAUGUGAAGAAAACUUGGUAAUCGCUUUUUUUUGUUUUUUUUUUCAUUGUCGACGAGGAACAUGACUUCAUUCUCCGUAUGCAAAUUAGCCUUAGAUGUGUCGUUUCCACAAAUUGACAGGAAAUAUAAUACUUGUAUUUCAUAUUUUUAAGGGAAAAAUAUCUCUUCUUUCCACAGAAAAACACGAACGAUGUAUGACUUAGAAUCCCCUUAGGUCUGUUUCUUUUACGAGGAAGAAGCAGCAGAAGAAGAUAUGUUUACGCGAAUUAAAAUAAUUUAAUUACUGUGGCUCGUCACGCAUUCCCCCAGAGUGACCGUGUAUCGAUCAGUUCUUUUAUCUUAUUAUAUUUUUUGGGGGGUGAUAGUUAUUGAUAAUCUAGCCCGUGAACAGGCCUUUAGUCUUCACAGGCUAUUGAUAAUCAUACAAUUUAAUCACUGUUAAUUCCGAUUCUUUCGUGCUGUUGUAUUUAUUCAUUCCCCGGGGAGGGUACUCGCUUAUAAGAGGCUAAUGGGGAUGUGCCGCUGGAUGGGGUCGCAUUUUCACGACUAGAUUGACUAUAAUGGGGUCUCGUUUUUAAUAGAAUUUACUAGAAUGGGGUCGCACGUUUUCUGAUUUUUGGGGUUAGACAGUUCUUCAUAUUAGCAGUUAGCAAACGUACCAGAAUGUUUGUACUGUUGGUGUUUUCCAUUCAAUAUAAGGUAGAUACUUAAAUAGAAAGUGACUAAGUUGGGAUCGCAAAAAUUACAUUUUUGCCCCAAAGUGACUGAGAUGGGGUCUAUAAUUGGCCACAGAAUAGUCUAUGAUGGGCUAGGGGCUCUAAGAGGCCAGCGGCACAUACCCAGCAAAAAUUGACCCAAGUAGCCCCCCCGGGAUUCAUUCUACGACCGUUUUAACUGAGUCAGUAUCACCGGGCGCCACUAGGAUAGGGUUUGAUAUGACGGCCUAUGGUGUAAUACACGACAAUAAGCCAAAAGUAGUCACUUGGAAAAAAGAAAAAGGCAUAGUUCUUUUGUUUACGGUCCGUCUCCUGUUAAAUCCACAAAGUUUUUGCCGGCUGUUAAUCACACUAAAUUAAGGAUCCCUAUGUUGUCUAUGUUUACUACUGAGCUGAUGGAGAAAAACACGUGCACUCAGUGUAUGAAAGACGAAAGUUUGUAAAUUAGGUCUCCUUUUCUUUCCCUGGAUUUGAACGGUAUUUCAAAGUGACACAACUUAUUUUUUUUUUAAGCAUUACCCAGGCUGUAGCUAGGUUUUUUUUGUAACGAGGGGCAUUAUCGCGAGAGCCGAAGGCACGAGCCUUAGAAGGGCCUGGGGUGUCCUCCCCUGAAAAAAUUUUCAAAUUUGCAGGCUCAGAAAUGCUAUUUUCAGCACUUGUCAUGAGAUAUGUCUCUAAAAAAAAUAGACCUCAAGAUGAAAAUGGCAAACAUUUGCAAAUCACUAUAAUCAAAAUAACUGAGUCUAAAGAAAACAAAUCCAUCCACAGACUUGAUUUGUCUGGCUCAACAGGUCCAGAGGAGGCAGCUGCUCUACGGCUCUGUUACCACGUUGAACUCACUUGGUUGAUCUUUCUUUGACAUACACAUAGGUUGAAAGCUUCUGAUUGAGGGUGUUGUGGUCUCAAUUAUUCUUCAGCGAUUCCUGCAACAAGCUUUUGCCUUUCGAACACUUCGUCUUCUUGCAGCAGAUCUCUAUGGUCAAGUUCAAUGUAUAUUCAAGUUCAUUACAUUGGUUAUUUCGUCCAUUGCCUUAUUGUAAUUACACUUAGGACUAUGUUUAGGUGUUGACUCAAACGGGCCUAGAGUCCAACAUGGGCUGGCAAUAGGUGAGUGCUAGCACGGAAUUGGAACGGGGGUGGGGGAAACUCCCUAUGAUGGCCUAUACGGGGAGGCUCCGCCCGAAAGGGGUAUCUUUUUCAGGUUUCAGGUAUAUGAAAGGGUAGGCUUUCACUAGGUGAAGUAUAUGAAAAGGCGAGCGCGCUUAUUGCAGCCUUAGCAGCAUCUUUGGCGGUUCUUAAAGAAAAAAGAACUAAGAAAAAGAGAGAAAUCUUGUCCAAUAAACCUCUCUGGCAAAGGUGUGGACAUGGUUGCUGACUGAUCAAUCGUACUCUUCUCGACCCUUUGGCGUCAAGUUUUUUCACGUUUCUUGCCACAGGAGGAGCAAAUCGGCUAUAUAAAGUUGAACUGAACAUUCUGGUACUUUUAAGUCUCACUAAUUUUUACAAAACCAGAGACAUGUUUUAACACUGUUUAAGUUAAAAAAAAAUUGUUUUUAUUGCAAGAAUGAAAUACUUUUCACACACGUCCCAGGGACAUUCUUCUUAGAAAAUGGCAGGGGCGGGAAAGCCCUAGGGACGAGGUUGAAUCCUGGCUCCGUGUAGAAAGUUCUUUCUUUUUUCCCCAUCUAUGAUGCUCUUCAAACAAUCAUCAGAAAACUAUCUUUACAACACACGGAUUAACCUUUAUGUAUAGUAUUUUAUAGGUAAGAAUUGAUUAGAGCAAGAUACACAGCUGUCAAAAAGUAGAAAUAAAUGAACUAUCUUUGCAAGCUCAACUGAACUGGAAACGAACAUCAGAAAACAUCGCAAGAUAAAAUGUUAAAUGGAGAAAUAAGAAUAUCUCUGUACGUUUAGAAAUUUUUUGCAUGAAAAAGAAAAAAAAUGAUACUUACAUGAUGGAGCAAAACUUUGACUUAUUUCCUGCCACAGUAGUUACUUUGCCAGUAUGAUCCAGAGUGUGACCGGGGUAUUGACAAGACCUUAGGCUCGAUUUCCGCCGCUCCCAAUCCCUUGGGGGCUCAUUUUCCAGCACAGCGGCUUACAAUCGAGCCUAAUAAGACCUUGGCGCUCGCAAAAACCUGCCAAGUAGGUGUCUGUGCCUUGGGCAGAUUGUCAUUUUAGUGUUAGCCUGUGUACACACCAGCCCCACCCCCUCGGAGAAGGGGCCCCUUCUCCGAUUUUUCUUAAGGGAGGGGGCUGUACACAGGCUAUUUAUGGUCUGUGCCUUGGGCAGAUUGUCAUUUCAGUUCGAAUACCUACCAAACCUCUACCCUCGCUAAAAUGAGUCCAUUCAGUCAUUGACUUUGCUACACUCAGACAAGUGACAGCUGGCUAAGUGCGACGUAAUAUCAUUCAUGCACUCUGCGACCAACACAUUUCCCUCCACACCCCUACUGGGACCACACUCUGUCUUGACGAUCUCGCGAAAAGAACAGCUUUUUUCACAAUUGAUCUCUUCGGCGAUUUCAAUGACAUAAUUAUAUUUGAAACUGGCACCUGUUGCAUUAUAAUUCAAUUAGAUUGAAACCAAAACAAGAUCAUCUUGGGAAUACGGAUGUUAUACCCUAACAAAAACUAAAAACUGAGAUAAUCCCUUUUUCGUGUAUUUACUGUAAAAAGAAACUAUUUUUCCCGUUUCAUUCUGCUACCGAUAAACGCUUUAAAGAUCUUUGAAUGAAACUGAAAUUUACAGCUAAUUUGCCUUUUGCAAAGCUAUACAUGGAUUAAGAUAGAAAAAGUGUGGGGCAUUUUUUUUUAUCAUAGUGCCGUGUACAAAGAUCUGAUAAGCAAAAAAGAGUGCCCACAAAUUUUAUUGUGUUGACAAGAGGACUUACCUUGCAAGUUAACUCUUAUUUUUAAUUAUUAUCAAUAACUACCAUUUAAAAAAAGAUGAUAAUGUAAUAAAAUUGAUCGAUUCAAAGCUAUUGUUUUCUAAUCGACCGCCCCUCUCUAGGAAUGCGUGACAGGCCACAGUAAUUGAAUUAUUUUAAGCCACGCAAACAUAUAUCAUGAUAUAUUAUUCAGCUACUUCUUCCUCGUUAAACAAAAAAAAAACCCGACCUUAAAGGGAUUCUAAGUGAUGGUUCGUGUUUUUCUGUGGAAACGAGAGUUAUUUUUCUCCUUAGAAAAGUGAAAUGUAAGGAUUGUUUCAUGUCAAGUUGUUGAAACGACGCAUCUAAGGCUAAUUUGCAUACGGAGAAUGAAGUCACGUUCAUCGUCGACAAGAAAAAAAAAACAAGAAAAAGCGAUUACCAAGUUUUCUUCACAUGUUUUCGAAAGUCCAACAUUUAAAGGGUCUAAUGACAGUUAGUGAUAACUAGAAACGUUAAAGCUGUGGAAAUUAGUCGACCAGAUGCAGACCGUUACAAUUCCAGCUUUGCUGUCAAAAUGGCGAAUGUUGGAACAUUAACGGAACUUUGUACAGCACGCAAAGAGGAGUGCCCACAAAUUUUAUUGCAUUAAGAAGUAAACUGGUCUUAGUGCUUCUGUUUUAUCAUAGACUUGAGUCUGGGUCAGGUGCCACUUUUUGAAAAUUACCGUUCAGCUCUAGUUAUGCAAAUUACUUUUCCCGAUAAGCAAAUUAAAGGUCAUUUUAAAAAAAUCAUAUCUCAGCCAACUUUCCACAGAAUGCAACCAUUAAACCUUGAAACUAUUAAUCAGAGUUAAAACAUUAAUGUGUAAAAUAAUCAGCUUAUUCGGCUAUCUAAGGUAGGUUUGCAAGAGCCCUAUAGCUUCCUUAAAAUCGCACCACUUCGACGGCAAACUGGCCAGUUUUAGGUGACCUAAAAAAUCUUUCUGUAAAAUAGAGAAAAAAUUGAGUUGGUCCAAAUAAAUGUGAUAUUUCUUCAUGGGAUAGGAUAGUUAUCUUCCACUGAAAAAAUCAGGACAAUCCGUGAUAGACCAAAAUUUGCCUUAUCGGUUCUUACGCGGACAGCCUCUUAAAUGCUAACAUACAUUGGGAUCCUUUAUUUCAAGCGGAUUUCUAGCUAUUGCAAAUUAAAGCAAUGAAUGCCCAAAUGACUGAUUUAUCAUAGAGUUUAUUCCUUUCAUAUUUAUGGUCAAUCGAACACACGUACACCGGCACCCUAGGAAUCAGGUAGCAUGCCAGGCAAUUUGCAUCUUGUUAGAGGGUGGUAUCUUAGGGCCUGCUUGCAAGGAGGUAGGGGACCCCAGGUAGGUUAGGUAACCUGCCUAGGAGGGGUAACCCACCCGUACAUAUAAUCUCUCAUUUUGAUUGAAUCACUUUAACAUGAUAAGUGGGGUGACCAUAUGAGAGACUAUAUUAAUAUAAAUAGGCGGGUUAUCCCACCUAAGAGUGUUACCUCACUUACCUUGGGUCUCCCACCUUGAUUCCUGUAAACAGACUCUUACUUUUAAACAGUAAGUGUAUUUUUUCUUGCAAUGCUUGCCUUCAUUAACACUUGUAAGACAAAGAAUCAAAAGUCUCUUGACCAUCAUCUCAUGAUCUUCAUUGAGGCAUUAACCCUUUAAGCCCCAAGAUCCACAUACAAAUUCUCAGACUGAUCUCCAUACAUUUCUUUUAAGAAAAGUUGUGAGAAUUUGGUUUUGAGAUAAGUGUUCUCUCUUUGGUAAUCAAUUAAGUAAUUCUCAUAACCUUUACUUUUGAUGAUCUGCUGAUAUUGUUGGGAGAAAAUUGAUGUUGGCCACUCUUGGGACCUAAAGGGUUAAAACAUACAAGUUGUCGUCUGCUCACAAGCACAGUUUGGCAUCAUCACUUCUGUUGUUAAUAUUUUUAUGCUGGAUGGUGAAAGGACCAGGGUGCAAAGAAAAUCAUUAAUAGCUUGCCAUGCGGGCAAGCUCACAAGCUAGCAUUUACUAGCCCAGACAACAUCAUUUCAACUAGCCCCACAAGCUUUUUGAUGAGCAGAACUGAUUUCACAGUUCUUCUGUUAUUCGAAUUCCUCAAAAAACAUCACUUGCCUGACGGGCAAGUUAAAAACAGAAUUCACUAGCCCCGAUAGCAAAAUCCACUAGCCCCGGGCUAUUGAACACCGCUUUCUUUGCAUGCUGAAGGACCGAUGUACAUUGAUGCAUGGGGACUGAACAUGAUGAUAAUGUAUUCUCCCCUACAGAUUUAAAUUUACUUAACUGAAGUUCUGUGGAAUUUCAGAUCUUUUUACCGCAUCAAAAGACAAGUCAUUGCAGGCUGUUGACAUGAAUACAGGAGGAGUUGCACAUGCAGUUAACAAAGCACACAAGUAUGGUUGUUUUCAUGUUUUUGCAUUUUAUUAAUCUUAAAUUUCUACGGUACAAAAUUAAUACAAAAGAAAGCUGAAAAAAAAAAUGCUGCAAUGAAAACUAUCUAACAACAAUUGUUACGCAACGCUUUCACCUAAAAAGACGAUGACAAUAAUUAUUACAAAAAAAAAUAGCAUACAAUUAUUUCUUUACAAACAACAUAUUUUAAAGUAUCACUUUAAUGUUGGACAUGAAAUAGGCUAAUUCUGAGUUCCAAAAACCCUCACUUUCAAAAUGAGGCUAGGUGCACAACCUUUCUUGUGAAAAUGAGUUUUGUUUGCACCAGAAUGAAAAAUGAUUUCCAUAUCAAAGGCUGAGCACCUACCCUCGUUUUCAAACUGAAGCCCGGGGGAACUCGGAAAUGGCCCAUUGAUAACUUGAAGUGAGAAGCGAUGUGUUCAGGCCUUAAAAUAAUGGCUGAUCAACGAACAAUGUCCACCCUGAAUGGCAUCUUAGCAGGCCAAAAGCUCCACUUGCCAGUCUUGUAGACUCUUAUUGUUGAAUAAUGAAAGGACUUUUUUGUCAGUCAUCCACAAUGAAUGCAAAUGCUGUGUUAGCUAUAUCAAAAUCUGUUGUUAUUUCCCGUCACUGUGUCCCUGAGUCUUACCAAGUCCAUUUGGAAGGGAUCCAAGAUCCAAGAUGGUUCACCUUGGUGGUUUUAAAUGUUUCCUGUCUGGUGCAUUGUGCAGUGGGUCACGGCAAUUACAUCUCCAGUUUCCAUUAUAUCAUUAAAUCAUGACGAGCUUUGAAGCGCGAAAAAAUUUUAUGCAAAUUAGCGGGCUGCACAUUGAAUGUGCAGCCAGCUAAUUUGCAUAAGUAAUUCAAAACCAAGGUCUGACAGCUCUAGGCUCUUGAGGUGUUAGCUGAAUACCCUAGGACUUCCGUAAAUUGCCCACAAAAGAGUAACUCAAGCUACCAUAAACUGAAAUGAAAGUAACCGCAAUAUCCGAUUAAUGCAAGGUUUAAAUCUUUUUCUGCUCGGCUAACCCUCUUCCGAGGCACUUACUAUUUUGGUAAUAGUAAAACGCCAUAAACAUUUUACAUUGCGCCUUUUUCAGUCUCGGGCAGUAAGUUAUAGUAUGAAAUGGAGGUAAACUCAAAAAUUCAGUUUUGUGACUGUCCUGCAACUUUGAAACUAUUUAGGCCGCUUCCUAAAAGGCCGGGAAAAUGUUUUUCGUAAAAUUCGUAAAAGUAGCUCUUUAUACUCUAAUUUAACAUUACCAAAUUUAACAAACGCGCUAACUACUUUAUGGUCCUGUAUCAGUAUGUAAAGGCAUCAAAUCCUUAUAAAGCCGACAGAAACAACAAUUAACAGACAAAUACUAAAUAUGAUUCAGUACAAAAAAAUCUUAAAGUUUAAGAUUUUUUUGUACUGCUUUUAUAUCAAGCAAAUGAAAUAGUCCUGGCGAUAUGUCAUUAUCGCAAAAUCGCCAAAUUCAGAGGUUCCUACAUCACUAACACAAAAUACUGCAAUACAUGUUCUUAUACUGCUCUUUUACUCCGCUUUGUUAAGACAACACUCGUGCCAAAAUCAAGUUCGAGCGCGUGCUAAAAAAAUAAGAUGGAUUGAGAGAAAGCUGUUAAUUGACCAUGAAUAUUCAAAAAGAGUAAGAGUUGAAUAAGAUUGUCACCUCCACAAGUCAAAUAAGUCAAUGUUAUGUAUUUUUUAGGUAUACAUUAGCCGGGAUACUACAGCAUUGAUUAGAGUGUUUUUGCAAGUUAACUGUCGAUUUCAGGUAUACACUACCCAGGAUACUACAGGAAUGAUUAGAGCAUUUUUGCAAGUUAACUGUAGAUUUCAGGUAUACACUACCCAGGAUACUACAGGAAUGAUUAGAGCAUUUUUGCGAGUUAACUGUAGAUUUCAGGUAUACACUACCCAGGAUACUACAGGAAUGAUUAGAGCAUUUUUGCAAGUUAACUGUAGAUUUCAGGUAUACACUACCCAGGAUACUACAGGAAUGAUUAGAGCAUUUUUACGAGUUAACUGUAGAUUUCAGGUAUACACUACCCAGGAUACUACAGGAAUGAUUAGAGCAUUUUUGCAAGUUAACUGUAGAUUUCAGGUAUACGCUACCCAGGAUACUACAGCAUUGAUCAGAGCAUUUUUACGAGUUAACUGUAGAAUUCAGGUAUACACUACCCAGGAUACUACAGGUUAAUACUAUGCAACGCAGAUAACAAAAGCUCAGGAAACAAGGGGACCCUGCAUGACUCAGCGAGGCUACUUGUCUGCGAAAUUUUUUUGAGAAAAGAGCUGACUCUCUCGAGUGUUGAACUAGAAUAGAAUAAUCCAGAAUUAUAAUUUUAAACAUCAAUUGCUACUGAUAUAAUUAUUAAGUUUUCUUACCUGUCUGGAGUCUCUUCCACUGGUGUCAAUGAUCUGGGCGCCAAACAAACGCGCGCGGUACAUAUUUCCCGCCACAAAUAAUUAAAAGCACUUUCAUGAGACAGUGAUCAAAAUGCAAAAGCAAAAUAGGAAAGCCGGCGCCAAAUUGCUAGAGGCUAGCGAUCGUUUGUUGGGCGGCGUGUGAUAGAGUGAAACUGAUAAAAUAUCGAGAAAUCUGGACAGAAUCUUUUUGUAAUACAUUAUCAAAAAUUAUGUGAAACACAUCAUCAGAGAACACGUGCGAAAAUAAUAAUUUCUGCUCGAUAUUUUUCUCGGUAUUUUUCAUCGACAAAAAACCGAAACAUUAAAAAUCACGACUUACCAUCAAUUACUCGGCUAAACAAAGCUAAACUUACCAAAGUCGAUAACCAAGUAAGGAUUUCCUACAGAAAUAAUUUGCCGCUCUCGUUUAGCAGUGUAGUGGUCGAACUUGACGUAGGUUAAAACGGAUUCGUUUUGCCGGCAUCUUCCCGUUAAAUUAAAGUAGAUUUAACACUUGCCAGGGGAAAUUAGAAAUCUAGCCAUUUUGCUCAUAGCUUCGCAAAUGCAACCAGCGUUAUGCAGUAAAGCGACAGAAACUUUAGCGAAAUAUUCACACGCGACAGUCGCGACGACCUCAGUAAAUCUAACAAAUGAAACAAGAUACUAAGAGAAAAAAAGGGCUUCAUUGAUUGUUUCCGGCAGGCGGUGACAAGUAAUGUACGAGAUUAGAAGACCUCCUGGUCAGAAUUUUUUUUGUAGCCUAAGCCCGUCAUGCAACUCUCCUUGGAAAAGAAGAGAAGAGAGAAAAGAGACUCUCUUCUCUUCUCGUGACCAUUAAAUUGAUACCUGAGGUUGUCUCCCUUAAAGGAGAGUUAAAAUAGAAACUUGAGAAGUACCUGUUGUGCACCAGCUGGACAAGACUGAACAUUACCAGCAAGAUAUAAUUGUCUUCGAUCUAAUUGAAAUCUCUUCCAAAAUGACUUACAGGGAUUCCGGAACACAGGUAGAAGCUGAAAAUAACAAGCUAAGGCAGUGUGCAAGCUCGAGUCAUCCAAAGAGAGUGUCUCUUUUCUAGCCAAUUAACGUUCUGUUAUUUUUGUAAUGUUAAGGUCUCCUGUGUACUGCAUGAAAGUCAUGAAUGAAAAUCUCCUGGCUACUGGUGAUGAUGAUGGUUGCGUUAAGGUAAAUGUAGUUCAAGUGAAGAGAAUUAGUGCUCAAAUCUGUCUGGGGGAUCUAAAAUACGGCGGAACCUCUAUUCAGGGGACACCCUCGCGAACAAGGAAAUUGUGCUCUGAAAAGAGGUGUCCCCUGAAUGGAGGUUGGGCUGGGAAUUGUUAAAAAAGUAACCUACAAAUAAAAUAUUUUCCUUUUUUGUGCCUUGAAAUCUACUGCAGUAAAUAUUUUAAGAAGAUAGACAAUGUAUAAAAAAUCAUCAUGAACUUAUAUCUCUGCAAAAUUCUGCGUUGAAAUCCCACAAGUGCAGUACAUUGAUCCAAAUGGAGGUUAAACCUGGGUUCUGGGACCCAGAAAGUGUGUCCCGGUUUCCCCUGAAUAGAGGUGUGACUGUCCCUUUAAGAGAGGUUACAGAUGCAAAGGUUAUGUGAACAUUUUCCAGGACCAAAGUUUGUGUUGCCGAAAUUAAAGUCCCAGCCUUAAAUAGAGGUAUCCCAUAGCCCGCUAGGAGGGGUUCCACUGUAAAAAGACAACAUUGACAAUAAUAAUUUUAUCACUAUUGUUACUGUAAUGGAAAGCAUUAAUAAUUUGUGUGCUUGACAAAAUUUUUUGGUGCUUCUUUUUAACCAAUUUAAUCUAGUUCUGGGACACAAGACAAGCAUCAAACAUACUGACAGUGACAGAUAAUGAAGAUUUCGUCUCCGAUAUGGCCUGUGAUGCUGAAAACCGAACACUUCUAGCCACAAGGUGUGAAAUGAUGCCAAAAUGUACAUAAUGUACAUGGUGAUUAUUUUAAUGAAUUUUCAGUGGAUUGUAUCGUUCUUUAAAAUUUUAUGUUAAGUUCUCCUACAUUUAGGACACUUUCUUUCUUUUUGCUUUAUUUUGUUUCUGUUAGUGGUGAUGGUACUUUGUCAGUGUUCAAUGUGCGGCGGCAGAAGAUUGAAGAAAGGUCAGACAACAUGGAAAGUGAGCUACUCUCUCUGGCAAUUGUUAAGGUGAAUAUGCAUGGGAACUAAUAAAAAUAAUAUUUUACAGUCAAGCCAGGUCAAGUGCAUCCCCAAGAUUCUAUUCACCCUUUAAGCCCCAAUAUCAACAUAUGAAUUCUCCAAACUGAGCUCUAUGCAUUUCCUUAAAGAAUGUAUUGAGAGCAUUUGAUAAAAGGUCAAACAUUUUCUCUUAGAUGAUCAAUUGAUUAAUUCUCAUAACCUAAUCUCUUGACAAUCUUUGGGUAUGGUUAGGAGAAAAUUGAUGUUGGUCACCAUUGGGACUUAAAGGGUUAAUGAGUUUACAAUUCAAAAGUUGAAUCCAUCAGUCAUUUCGGUAGCCUCCCACGCAGGCGUUUUUAGGGGAGCUCAUAUUUUGUCCCUCCCCACAGGAAAGAAAUACGAGCUCCCCUAAAAACGCCUGCAUGGGAGGCUAUCAUUUCUGCAACCUGUAUCAAAUCCAAAUCUGCAUUCCUGCAUGCAAAAUGAGCGGUGAAAUUUUUACAAUAACUUCUCUUUAUUCGGUCGGAUUGAAAUACAUGUAUCUUUGAAAGGACAAAAUUGCUUCAAAGACAUUUAAAUCAAAUUCAAGAGAACUGAGCUGGUAGAAAUUUCAUGACAACAUGUACCUUGCGUGUGAAGUCACUUCUCAUUACGCAUGCAGGAAUGCAAAGAUGAAUCUGAAAUCUACAACAACCAAUAGAUUCAACUUUCGGAUAAUAAAUUCAUUAAUGAAAUCUUGGGUGGUGCGCUUGACCUGGCUUCAUUCACAAACUCAAAAGUUAGAACUACGUACAAAAUAAAUUGCAUCAUGUGAAAGUACUGAUGAAGAGGUUUCAUUUGAAUGGUCACAUCAUAGAAUUUCAUCCACAGACUCAAAAGUUAGAACUACGCACAAAAUAAAUAGCACCAUGUAAAAGUACAGCUGAAGAGGUUUCGUUUGAAUGGUAACGCCAUAGGAUUUCAUCCACAGACUCGAAAGUUAGAACUACGUACAAAACAAAUAGCACUAUGUGAAAGAACUGCUGAAGAGGUUUCAUUUAAAUGGUAUCAUCGCAGGGUUUCAUUCACCGAAUUAGCAGUUAGACCUAGCAAGACACGCCUUUACAAUGGCUGUAGGAGUGAACUUUGCUAUUGUGGCUACCGGUCGUUUCGCUUCGAUACAAAGUCGUCUCGAUACAAGUUUAUUCAGUCGAGGUGUAAAUAGUUUCGCAUACUUGGCUUAAAUAUUCCUUGUUCACGCGCAAGCUAUACUUGAAGUGAUCGAAAUUUGUGUGUAACCUCGGUGCUGGAGGUCGUAUGGAAACGACUCGUAUCGAAACGACUCUGUAUUAAGACGACCAGUUUCCGUUGUUUUUUUGUAGGGCGGACGUAAAGUAGUGUGUGGCACUGGCGAUGGCAUCUUGAACCUCUUCUCGUGGGGUGAAUGGGGCGACAUUAGCGACCGUUUCCCGGGUCAUCCACUAUCAAUUGACUCAUGUGUGGCUGUGAGUGACAGUGUAGUGUGCACCGGAUCCAUGGACGGAAUAAUCAGGUGCGUGUUGUAGCACGAAUCCCCGCUAUCACAUUGUACUGCUAAUUGAUUAGUUAAUUAAUUCCUUUUUUUACCUUCGGCAGUGUUGAUAGCACUUAUGCUAGUGGGGCCGAGCAAAUGUCUGAAACAAAUAAUUAAAAUAUUAGCAAACAUAACAGGGUUAAUAAUCUCGACUGACUGGAGGCAAACUAUCGGGCUAUUUACAAGCUUGGUCGAGGAUUUGAACUCGUGACUACCGUCAACAAAUCCAGCUAUCGGUUACCUUGGGUGCCAGAGACUUUUCUAGCGCGGUUUCCGGUUUCUGUCGCCGCUCGUGGCUUCGGCUUACGGCCGAAGAUGUGUCGGCCUUCGGCCAACACCGAAAAUUCCCGCCGUACGCGAGAAAAACCUCUGGUACCCAGGGUAGCUAGCGGUCAGAGCGGGAAUUGAACUUGGGGCCUUUAAGUCCAGCGCUCUAUCCGCUCGGCCACGCUGCCCCCUAUGGUGACAUUACAGUACAGAUCAAAAGAAUUUUUUACACUGUGGAAAAAACCCUCCCAAAGAACUGUGCUCCGAAUCAUGACAAUUUUUUGGUCGACUUUGUGUUCAUCCCUUUCCCCCACUCCCCACCAACGAAUAAAAGGACUCAUUUCACCCAUUUUGCUCAAAAUUCAUAAUUAUUUAGUAUGGGAGGGGGGACUUCGCUAGUUUUAUUAAUAUCAGUGGAAAGGUCCCAACACUUUCGACCUCCAUGGUUGUUGCGAAGGUCCACGGUUUUCGACACUUUUCAAAAGUACCGAUCUCGUUCGUGAAAGUACCGGACAUGGUCACUUUUUUCCGCCGUAAGCAGGGUUACGAGCACCGGAGCGGUGAGCCCUUAGGGAAGACUGGGGAUAUGCUCCCUCCAGAAUAUGUUUUGUUUGAAGUGAAACUCUCAGAAAUGCUGUUUCCAGUUUUCCUGAGACUGGAGAAACAGUACCAAAACUGAAAAAGAAAUAAAUCUGCAAAUAUAUGACAUCAAACUCUCCGAUUGGAUAAUGACGUCGCAAUCGACCAGACGAAACGUCCGGCCUUCGGCCUCAAACGAGACCUUAACUAAUGCGGCGUUUACGCGAACUUCCUCUCUCUUGGUCUCCUCGACAAGUGAAACUUGGUCUUGUAAAUGAGAAAAAUGAUCAAGUUUUUCCGUUCAAUGGAGUUCCUAUUUACUAGUUGUACAUGUAAGUAUCGCUUAAAGCCAACUAAGGGAAGUGAAUCCGAUGAAUAACUCUAAAUCCUCAUUACCACAUUGUCGGAAUCUUGCAAAGACGUGAUUACGUCACAAACCAAAUGUCACGCCCGGAUUUGUUCUUGUGUUUAAGCAAGUAGAAGAGUCCUUUUUUGUUUCCCAAAACAGUCAACCCAAUCAAAGAGGACCGCCUUUUGAGGCGAUCCCAAACAUUCUGGUCGGACCAACGGAAAAUUUUGGAAAUGUUUGUCUAAACCGAAAGGCUCAUUGUUACACUUCAAUGCGCCAUUUUGCAUAAGCGCCUUAUGAUUGAGUACUCAGUUUGUUGUGGUCCGCCUGGUGUUUCCUUCAAGUUCCGUUGAAUGCUUUGUUGCCGUUUUUGUGAAUCAGGUCUCUAUCAGGCCAUGUUUUUUCAUUUUCCCUAGUCGUUCAAACAACUCAUGACGAUGCCCUUGUUACGCCUUCUCCCUCUCCGGCACAAAUUGGGCACCAGCGUUAAACGCUGAGAUUUCUGUGACUUAUGUGAUCACCGCCCUUCUAACUCUGUUGAUAGAGAGCUAGACUGCCGGGCGAGAGGUUGCGGGCAUGAACCUCGGCUAAAACUCCUGUCAAGAUCUAUAACAAAUGGUAAAAUCACGUUGGCUGUGGAAUGUACGUGAGAAAAAUAAAAUAAUAAUAAUAAUAAUAAUAAUAAUGAUGAUGAUGAUGAUGAUCAACAAGUGUGAUCCACGUAUAGAGUUUUUUUUGUUUGUGUUUUUGUUUUGCCGUCGCUUUGUCAUUGGGUAAGCUUCCAUUACAAGCAAUUGAGCGUUUUUUUUAGUAGAACAAAAAAGGAGUUUACAUUUUUCCCUUAAACUUUUAAAUCUCUCAGAGCGGUGCAUAUUUUACCGAACCGUUUCGUUGGCACCAUCGGUGAACACGAUGACUUUCCCGUGGAGAGAAUGCGCCUGUCAAGAGAUGGUAACACGCUGGCCAGUUGUUCGCAUGAUCAAAGCAUCAAAUUUUGGGACGUGAGUCAUGUUAAGAAUGUUUCCGUGGAUCCCGGCAGUAAAAGGACGAGCGCAGCUGCUUCAGAGACAGCCACAAAUGAUUUUUUUGCUGAUCUCUAACAUCCACAUCUACUGCGGUGAAACCUCCGUGAUACAGACACCAAAGCGAUAGAGCCAAGUCGGGGGCGGAUCUAGGGGGAGGGUGCAGGGGGUGCGCACCCCCUCCCCCCGAGAUGACCUGCGGUUUUCUAAUACAACUGGUAUUCUGCAAAAAAAAAAAACUAUGUGGUUUAUUGGUGUUGAAGUAGAGCAAGAGACGAGUGCACCCCCUCCUAAAAAAAUCCUGGAUCCGCCCCUGCAAGGGCCCGCAGAGGUGUUGGUAUUAGAGGCGAAGGGAAUUGUAGGAAGAUUGAUACCUCUGGGACCAAGGGAACUGUCUGCAAUGGAGAGGCUCAGGCUGUAAGGAGAGAUUCGACGGUGUUUUUUUGUGAGAGUCUGUUCUUAUUCUCUCUGACCGGAGAUGUAUUUCUCUCUUCAACAUUGCUAACUUUCAGCUUAAUAGACUUUUUGAAGCGCUGUUGGUCAUAGAUGAGGAGGGUAACAGAGUAAUUCUCUUUAUAGUCAUGAUAAAGUAUUUGUAUCAGAGUCAACCUCUAGGCUACUUAAUCUGUUAGUCGGCGUGGAGUAAAAACUAGGAUUAUGCUAUCUCGUGUUUGGCGAUAUGUGAAACCACCUCGCCACACCUUCAUCCUCGGUGCUCAAGUCAUUAAAUGGUGUUCCCCAAGAAGAAGUUAUCAGCUAAAUGUUUUGGUCUGUUAAAGAGCGCAAGGGAGGAAAUACUAGAAAUCUGUAACUAAGGGGAAACUGCCACAGUUGGUGACACGUAGACUUGAUGGUCGUGCCAACUUGCAGUUUGCUGAAGUUGUGCCUGCCUCAACGUAGACUGCCAAACAGCCCGUAUUUUUGCGUAGGUCAAGAAACGGGAGCGGUCAAACGAAAGUUCUGGAACGAGGUUGAAAACAAAGUAUGAGACUGGAGAGAGAUGCGAAGACGUUUUAGUUUAUCCUUGUAAGUUUAUGCAUAUGUUUGCAAAUUCAAAUGCAUAUAAGCAUUCUUUUUUCCCAAGGGUUAUUCCUCUCUGAAACAGUCAGCCUAGUGAUGCUGUCUGUGCAGAAUCAGUUAGGUCCUUCCAAGCUAAGUUAAUGCAUUAAGCCUUAGCUACAUUGAUUUAUUUAAGUAUUUUGUAAUAAUGACGAUAAUAGUUAAUCUACGUUUUUUGCAGUAAGCUUUAUGCCAGGGAUAUGUAGCAUUUAAAUGUACUCCUCUCUGUGCCGUUUGACCUUUUAACAUCCUGUGUAGUGUUUUUCACUUAAGGACUAUAACGCGCGUGCUUCGCCCAAAAUCUCGCGUAGGCGCCUUGAAAAACUGAUUUUGAGGGAAAAAAACCGACUGUUUUGGAGUCUAGCAUAAACCAUCCUGGACUACUUGGAGAGAGGUAAACCCAACCGAGAAAUACACGAUUGUAGAGCGUCAAAUGAUAAACUAGUACAAUGACGUUUCGUUGGGCGUAACCCUAGCCCCAACCCGGGCCUUGUAUUCCCAGGUUCUUGGUACAGCUACAGCGCUUGAAGAGUAUACAAUAAAACCUGUUUAAUAUGGACACCAAAGGGACAGAACCAAGUGUCCGUAUUAUAGAGGUAGGGAAUAUAUGAUUUUUGGCAUUUCUGGGACCAAACGAACUGUCCGUAAUAGAGAGGUGUCCGUAUUAUAGAGGUGUCCGUAAGGAGAGGUUAGACUGUACUUAGAACGGAGCCAUUCGAAGUUUGCAGCGACUCUUCGAAGUAUCUUUUAAUGGAAAAAAGAAAUAAAACUGAAAAGAGUCUAAAGCUGCCAAAACGGGGUUUACCUCAUUGUAAAAACCUGCGAAUUUUUUUUUGUUUCACACCUGUAUUAUUUCCCUUGGCUCUGUUUUGUUGACUUCUUUGAUUUUUUUAUUACGUUGCUCGUAAAAGAUAAAGGUUUUGAUAAUGAGGAUGAGCUUAAUCAUCUUCGCUGUGUGGCCGCUUUCGAGUGCGUUAUUCCAAUGUUGCAUAUGGUUAGAAUAGUGGGGUGAAAAUUAGCCUGCAGUGCAGGCGUAUUUUGGGUGGGCGAAAGCUUGUUCAUGUUUGUAUUGUUGUAGCCGCCAUCUUUGAUUUUAUGACAGAGGAAGAUUGGGGAG